AUGAGCGACUUCCUCUCCGAUGACAAAUCCGAGUUGUUUGAGGAGGAGCUUGGAGCCUCCUCUGCCCCACCGGUGCCAGAGCCAAAGGCGGCGGCCAAGCGGGCUGCGAAGCAAGAGAGUGGUCCCGAUGGGCCGCCUGCGAGCAAACGUCGAGCAAAAGCAAAAGCCAAAGCCGGCGCCGACGCCAGCGCCGACAAGGGCUCUCGCGAGUCCUACCACGGCCUGAUGUGCACGAUGUGCGAAGUCAAGCCAUCGUACAAAAAAAAUCCGUACUGUAACAACUGCAAAUCGGAUGUGGACGCGAUGCUGAAAGAUGCAAAAGUCAAUCAGUGGCUUGACAAGUUUGAGGAGUGCAAAAAAAAACCUGCUGUCUUCAGAAAGCUUCUGAGAGAUUUCCAAGCCCAAUGCCCGAGUCAAGGCCCGGGCAAAAAACGUCCGGUGUACGGCCGGGCGAGGGCCAUCGAGACCAUAGCACGCGAGAUGCUGUCGGACGAAGGCACCAGGUUCAUCAAGGCUGAUUAUUUCCAGUUCGAGCGGCAUUACAAGGCGAUGCAGCUCGACGGUGAUGAGAUCAACGAGAAGUGGAAAGCCAGGCUUGCCGAUGGCAUAUGCGACAGAGCUGGAGAAAACGCAGCCUUUCCGGAACGAGUCUUGCUCAAGGUGGAAGACUAUAUCGACACCAAGAACCGUAAGAGACGCAGCUUGGAGAUUCAACGCGAAGGUGCUGCAGACAAAGGACUCUUGGACGAUGACAAGGCUGAAGAGACCUUGAGCUCCGGCUUCGACGGCGAUUGGAGCUCGCAGUUUUUUGGCCCUGGCGGGGCUGAGAUGAAAAGGAGCGAGGCAGCGGCCGCUGCUGCUGACAAAGCUGGUGACCGGAGCAAGCAACGUCGGGCCUCGUUUGGCUCGAACAGUCUGCAGAGUGAGGAGUCAGGCAACGGCGGCUCGGCCGAUGCCGUCACUGACUUAAUUGUCUCUCGUCUUCGUGCCUACGAGGAAGCGAGGGACUCCUUUCAGAAGAUGAAGGCAAGCUUCGUAGAGAUCCACAAGAAGGUGUCAGAAGAGGUGGAAAAGAUACAAGAUGACCGUGGCCUCAUCCCUGAGUACCGAGCAAUUGCCACGCAGCGAUUGAGGAUUGCUGAUGCUAUGCUUUCGACCGAGAACCCCCCUGAGACCAUUGACGCAAAGAUCCAGGAGUUGCUGUCGGAACUUCCAAUGUCCCCGGUGCCGAAUAAUUCGCUGCUUGUCUGCGAGAAGAGCCUUGCUGCUGCCAUCCAGGGCUUGAAGUCUUGCAAAGCGGUCGACAGUCUGGGCAAAGACAUCGAGAACUGCAAGGGCUGCAUCCAGGCUUGGUCUGUGCUGGGCCAGUCACUGCAAAGUGCAAUGACCGAAACCACGAAAGCGAUCAGGGAAUGCACGAAAAGGGAGAAGAAGAAGGAGAAGGCGGCGCAAAAGAAGCAAGGGCAAGGGCCUGCCGGUCCUGCCGGUGUGGGCGCAGCGUAUGACACCUUCUUCGAGAAAAUCAGCGACAAGCCGAGGGAGCUCACGGUCUUGACGGCCAAGGGUUUCCUCUCUACGCAUGAUGAUUGCGAGGAGGCCCAUGUCAUCCGAGCGGCGAAAGCGCCUGGAAUCUAUGCAAAGAAUGCUGCUUUCGACAGCAGGCUGGACAUGUUCAAAGAGCAGUUCUCGACCAGCCAGGCCUGCAUCUCCACGGGCCGUACCUUCAUGAAGAUUGGAGAAAGUGGCCGUCUCUUGGUGGACGAGUAUGCCGGUUGGGCUGAAUGCACCAACCCCGUCAAGCCGGAUACAGCGCUCUUCGUGCCCGGCCUCGUGGGCAUUUUGAAAGAGAGGGUCUUCUGGUCGAUCGUCGAGUCGUGUUCUUUUCGGCAUGUCUUUCUUGGCAAACUUGAUGUGGUCACGAUACCUUUGUGCAAAUUGGCGGAGCUGGGCAUCUCCGAGGACAUUGGUGCAAUUUCUCGCAAGGCCCUCAACGAUCUCGACGACAAGCUGAUUCAGGUUCUGGUGCUUGAGGGCAAGGCAACCCGGUGCACAUUGACCCCGUCGGAUAUCUUGUACGUGCCGCCGCUUUCAGCUGUGUGGGAGAGGACCUUGGAGGCUCCAUGUGCUUACACCAGCUUCAAGUGGCUGCCCGGCGGGACAGAGGAGCUCAGCCUUCGAAUCGAUCGCUUAAUCGCCCUGCCGGGAUGGUCGGCAACGGAGUCCUUGACAAAGUCCCUCCAAACAUUGCAAAGCAUGCAAAAAAGCUGGGAGAAGGCGAAGGCGGCGAAUGAGACGGCGGCACGAUCGAAUGGAGAGCCGAAAGAGGUGGGGGCGCAACGUUGUGUCACAUGA